UGUACAACUGAAAGUGUUUGCCAAGUUCAGUUGACCAAUGACAUCACACCAACAGUGCAGACACCCUCUCUGAAUCACAUAAAAGAAAGUGGCGUUUCAACCGCUCUUCAAGCUCUCGAUAACAUACAGUUGUGCACAUUAUUUCAACUUCUGUGACAGACAGAAACACCAACAUGCUCUUGUUCCUCUUCUUGUUUGGUCUGGCUCUGGGUGCUGUGUCUCCUUCAGACGACCAGCAAGUGAACCUACAGCGUGGACACUGUCCCACGUCCUGGUAUGACUUCUACGGCCGCUGCUACAAGUACGUCUCCACACAAAUGACCUGGGCUGAUGCAGAGCUCCACUGUGUGUCAGAGGGAGCCAACCUGGUGUCUAUCAACAGUCUUGAGGAAUACAAUUUCAUCAACGCCCUGAUCAGGAACUUUGACCCUGCUGAUAAAUUGACCUGGAUUGGACUCAGCGACACCCAGAAAGAAGGAGGAUGGAUGUGGUCUGAUGGGUCUGCAGUCAAAGUUUUCUUUUGGAAUCCAGGAGAGCCAAACAAUGCUGGAGGUGAACACUGUGUUCACAACAACCGUGACACAAAUAAUACAUCGAAUGACCAUCAGUGCUCUAAUACAUUCCCUUUUGUUUGUGCAUCUCGCAGAAUUUGUCCUUAAAAAACAAGGUUAUGUCUGAUUCAACUCACUGACUUUAUACAUGUAGUUGUGCACUAAGCCUGCAUGAGGAGAUACAAAUGUAUGUACAAAUAAUGUAUACAGCAUAAGUCUCACGAAUAAACUCACAAAAAAGGGUUUGUUUGUAUAAGUCUUUUUAAGUUAAAAUGACUUACAUUUCCAUAAAAAUAUCUUUGAAUCACCACCUUACACUGUCCUGUGUUAAACUACUGUAAACUUCAAAAGAUAGCACAGAAUAUGACCCUUCUUGACCUACGGCAAUAAAUAAAUAAAUAAAUAAAGUAUUUUACACGUUUACACAAAUUUGCAUUUCAUAUAUUUACAAUAGCUUACAUACUUGUAAUAUAAGAUAUCAUAAAAUAUAUUGCAUCAACAGCACAGAUCAAAACUGAUCCCAGUAGAUCCCUUUUGUGUAAGUGUAAAUCUUAAUCAUGCUGGCAUUACUUUCUGAGUUGUGUCUGAUGUCUCACCAACCAGCUUAGUUCAUUUUUAAAGCACCAUGUUUGUGCAAAUGCUGCUGUCUAAGGGAGACACCUCAGACUCACAUAAAUCUGCACUACUGAAAAAAUGGUUUUCUUCACAAUAAAAAUGUGUACUAUUUAACCUGAUCCAUGAAAAAAACCCUACUAUUGCACAGUGGUUUUAAAGUGUUUUUUGUUAUGUUCCAAUGGAAAGUCCCCCCAAAAAAAGUAGUACUUAGUACAAAGGCCGAAGGGCACAUUGGAUUCAAAGGUUCUUGGCAUUUCUUAACUGCAACAUAUAGUUAUUGAAGAAGAGUGCAUUAAACCUCUUUCUUUCAAGUUGUUUGAUUACAUUGUUUUUAUGUUAGUCUUCUUUUUUAAAUAAAAACCAAAUGCUCUUCAGUUAAGAAGAAAGUUUGUGAUUUAAAGCUGCAAUGCUGGAAUGUAAAAGUGUUGUUAUGUUUUGUGGCCACUUGAGGGCAGCAGAGAGCAAGUUAGUGUGAUGACGCUCGUCUCUUUCCUCAGGGGGCAAAUGCUGUAAUGGACAGGAAACCAACAGGAAAGUGUAGUUAGUGUUUUAUCGGCUGUUGUCAUGACUGUGUAAAGUUACCUUUUUUUAAGCUGUUGUUUAAAACCUGUUUGCAUGUUAAAAACAAAAAACACAAAGUUCACAAUGCAAGGGAG